AUGAUACGGUUAUUAAUAGGUCUUAGUGGUAGUUGUUGGAAUUUGGCUCAAUUAUAUACCUCAAUUGCUCGUAAUAACUCUAAAAACCACCCUCUUGAUGAACUACUGAAUUUUUAUAAAACAAAACUUACUCAUAGUAUCACUAGUGUUCGCGGAGUUUUUAAAGAUCUCGCUCAUAGUGGUAAUCCUAAAGCUGCUGUUGAGCUUGCCUUUGGUGGUUUACAUCAAAAAAAAACGGGUGGUGCCCCAGCAAACAUUAUGGAUCUCUACGGUGCAUUAUUGGGUGCAAAAUUAUUUAUAGGUCCAGACCCAUCAACCCAGUAUGAAGAUUUCAAAUUGAGUAGGCAAAGAAAAUAUAUUGAUGGUGGAAAAGAUCUUUUACCGAUUCAUGUUUGUGCUUAUCAUGUUCGUCCAUGGAAAGAUGGUCUUGAUGCAAAAGAAGCUGCUCAUGUUGAAAAUUAUGCACAAGUAUGGGAAGAAUAUCAGAAACUGGAUGACCAUUAUCAAUGGUAUGAAGCUACUCCUUAUGAAUUUGGUACUGAAGAAAUUCCUG